UAGACCCUUGCGUGGCGGCAGAGACUCAAGCGAUUUGUUUUGCUGUUCAGACGCUUGUCUUCAUAAUUUGCUUUAUUAAUUUUGGGAAUUCAUCUCCUUAAUAAAUACGAAAGCAACGGUAAACCUUUAUUAGCCUUACUGUAUGUUGUAAUGAUAACAGUGAUGACACAGUAAGUCAACUUUGUGAAUUGCGUCGAAUCUCACAUGGCAAGACAAGGAGCUUCAAGACCAAAGUGUUCCUGUCAUCUGCAGGUGGUCUCAUCAGGCAGACUUACAGCAUCUGGACGGGGACACAUAUACAAGAAAAAGGUUGUGGGGAGAUCGCGUACACCCCUUGAGCCUGCAUAUUCCCUUUACUCUACAGAUUCAGAAGAUCAGGUGACAACGGUACACAAGGGACUGGAUCGAUGUGCUGCUUUACUCAGUGGGAUACUUGCAGCUGAACAAGAAGAAUCAAAUGCAAAAGCAGAGGGGAAAAAGAGCAGCAUCUCUAAAUCCAAACCCAAGAUUCUGUCAAGAAAAACAGAGACGGACCGAAAGCAACACGGGAGGAAGACCAACGCGGGCACGCUUGCGAACAAGAAGCCAGUUCCGGUGCAGAAGACGAUUCUGUCUGCCAGAUCGUACCCAGGUUUGAACCCUGUGAUCAGAGGGCAUCCUGCAGGACCGGCCCCUGGAACAAAACCAAAACCGAUUCAGCAGCAUUCAGUCCCACCGGGCCUCUCGCAGCCUGCUGCUAACAGUGAGGUUCAGAAACACACUGUGUUUAACUGUCGACUGACUACAUCUACACCUGCACUGAGCCCUCAGAGACCCGCUUCAGCUCAUGACGAACCUUGCUCUUCAAAGUGUGCACAGAGCAGAAGCAGCUCAACAGAGGGGUUUCAUCAUGCCGACCCGCCUCAGUUUGCCCGUUCUUUCCCCAUCCCACCAGCAGUCCAACAGCAGUGUCUCGUCGCCGUGCAGUCACCUUUCCAAAAUGGACUUUGUACUCCUGCGCAACAAGAGUUACCGUUGAUCGCCCGUCCGGUCUGUGAUGGUCCCGUAGGGUCAAGUGGGAACUUAAGCUGCCCUUCAACGUCAGUGCCAGCAGCACGGGUGCCCGUUCAGACCCACGUUAGCCCGGCACGUCCUGAUCCAGAUGGACCGCUGCUGAUGAUGCGGUGCUCUCAGGAGAGGUCAGAAGAGAGUGAGGGCGAUACGAGUGCAGAGGACGAGAAUAAAGAAGAGCACGAUGUGAUGGACACUACACCUGUCAGAGAUAUCAGCACCAGUCCAGAGAAGACCGCCCGGAGAGUUAUGACUGUCAGAUAUAUGCUGGGAGAGCUGAAGACUCUGCUCGCAAAUCAGGACGGUGAAGCCGUGCGUCUGAUCUCGGAGGUGGAGCAGAGCAUCUCGCUACUCCCGCUCAUGGUGGGCAGCACCAACAUCCAGGCUGAGAUCGCACUCGCCGUGCAGCCGCUCCGAAGUGAGAACGCGCAGCUGCGCAGGCGUUUGCGAAUCCUGAAUCAGCAGUUAUUGGAGCGUGAGAGGGCUGAACGGAGAGCCAGGCCAGUGGAAUGGAACAUGGAGGUGGUGGCAUUGCAGUCACUGAACGUCACUCUUCAGACUCAGUUAAAUGAGAGCCACGGAGAGAUCCAGAAGCUUCAGCAGGAGAACAUGAGACUACAGAACGCCUUGGAGAAGAAAGAAAAUGACUGGCAACGGCACAAAGAGCAACUCGAGACAGAGAACAGUCGCCUCAGGCUGGAGUUGAGUGAGGCGUUAGCUGAAAUGAAGAACUGCCUGAUUAAACUGCAGGAGCAUGAGAUUGAGAAAACUGCAUCGACUCUUCGUCUCCAGCAGGGGGAGGCAGAGAUCAACACACUCCAAGAGUUCAUCCGGAGUCUACAGAGAAACCAGAUAAAGCCAUAUGUCACCCAGUCAUCUCAACAGCUGGAUCCACCUCAACCGAACUCGCAUCUUACCAAGAGCGUUCUGGCAUUGCAUGAAAAUGCACAGAGAGAGACGACCGCAUCAGACAAACUCUCCAACACAGUAAAGACCUAUCUUCAGACUCUGGAGGGGACGGGACAGGCCUCUCCUCCCCGCAGAGCUUGUGCGAUCGGAAAAGAAAGAAUUACACCGUCAGAUAGUAAACUCUCCUCUCUAAUGGUAAAAGACAUACACAAGCCAACCCUGGAAGCUAUAGCUGAGAACGUUUCUCCGGCAGCAGAGCAGAAAUCAACAUCUUUUGCUCCUUUAAAAGAGACUUCAGUGGGGCAGCAUGUCACUGGUGUUGCUCCCAGUAAACCUCUCACACAGUGUGAUGAGCUGACCGUAACCAAGCGGAAAGAUGUGGAUGAGAAUGUGGGGCUGAAAUAUAUGGCCCGUGCUUUUGAAAAGCUGGGUGUCUCGGAUGGAUUUCGCAAUCAGAUCUUCGAUCAGUUCCAGCGUGUCCGGCAGUGUCAGGAGAUGGAUGCUGAGGGAAACACUGGGCGGCCAUCAGUGAUGGAGAGCACUUUCUCCUCUUGUGAUAAUAAGUCUUUAGCGUCUGACUGGAGUGUAAAUACCUGGCCCACGUUUAACACACAAGAUGAGCAGAAUUUCAGAGACGGUCUAGCAGCACUUGAUGCCAGUAUAGAAAGUCUGCAGAGAACGCUGAGAGCUGAUUUAAACAAAUGAGGCUUCGGCAGUUAUGAGUGCGCUGAGAGGAUCGGAUUUUUCAUUUGAUUGUGUAUGUGUGUGUAAUUUAUGAAUACUUUUAUUUGUGUUUUAUUAAAUUAUUACAGUAAACUUAUUUCUAAGCAUUUGUUUUGUUUUGCAGUCUUACAUUGAGCAAAAUGUAAUAAA